AUGACACAAGAAAAUGAAAAUCUUUCGGAGAACGAACCGAAUAUUAAUAGUAUCAAUGAAAAUCGCAGUAAAUCAUACAGACUGACGAUGGAAUUUCCUCUAUUUUUCACCAUGUUAUCUAUGUCUUUAUCUGGGGCUGCAAUCAGUAACUUAAUUCUCUACCGUACAUGCGUUCACUCUUUAAACCAUACGCAACAGGAAUGCCAGGUUUUUCUUUCGCCAGUGAAAACUAAUGAUAGCCAGACAUUGGAAGAGGAAGUUCAGAAGUACGCAACCUUUGUGUCUAUGGUUAGAACGAUUAUAGAGUCCGUGGCACCUGCAAUACUAUCUUUAUUCCUUGGUGUCUGGUCUGAUAGGCAUGGUCGUAAACCUUUGGUUGUUUGGCCGCUUUUCGGUAUGACCGUAAGUGGCGCUCUAAUAGUCGUAUAUAGUAUGUUAGAUAAUCUUGGUCCGUGGUGGUUCAUAGUGACUGCCAUCCCGGUAUCUUUGUCUGGAGGCUUCACAGCAAUGUUUACUGGAUCAUUCUGUUACGUUAGCGAUAUAUCCGCUAGAGAGAAGAGAUCACUUAGGAUGACGAUUGUUGAAGCGUCUGUAUCAGCUGGUAGUGUUAUAGGAGCUAUUCUCAGUUCCUAUGUGUUGAGAGCCGUUGGAAGCGUUUAUUUGCUAGUCAUAUGCACAGCAUUAUCUGCGAUUGCGUAUCUAUAUACGAAUGUUUUUCUUGAAGAAUCUCUUGUUGGUGCUGUUCAGGGAGGAAUGACUUCAGUUCUGGAUUUCAAACUGAUUAAGGAGAUGGUGAGAACUUGUUUCAAACGUCGUCCAAAUCAUGGACGCGCACAAAUUUUAUUACUCACGAUAGCCAACAGUCUCUCUGUGUUCAUAUUAUUCGGAAAUAUGAGCCUUCAAUAUAUGUACACAAGGCAGAAACUCCAUUGGGCUAUAAAGCAGUACACUUUGUAUUCGGCUGUUCAUACAACAGUGUCGUUCUUCGGAUCAUUUUUCGGUGUCAUGAUAGUACAGAAGUUGUUCAAAGUGACAGAUCUAACGUUUUCUAUCAUAGCCUAUCUAUCAGCUACAACUGAAUACGUCAUAAUAACAUUUGCGACCGUUUCCUGGCAGAUGUACGCUGCCGCCGGGAUAUCCCUGUUCCGUGGCCUCUCGUCCCCUCUAAUACGUUCCCUCCUGACGAAGAUCCUUCCCGGUGAGGAUAUAGCGAAGGUGUUUGCUCUCAUGUGCGCGAUAGAAGGCAUAAGCCCAUUGAUAUCACCAGCUCUAUACAACUCGCUGUACGCUUACACCAUAUCAACCUUCCCAGGGGCGAUAUAUAUGUUGAGUACCGGGAUAUCUUCUGUGUGCGUCAUAUUCUUAGGGUUUGUGCAAUAUUAUAGAUGGAAGGAGUGUCCUAAUACAUACAAUACACUGACGAGCGAAACUUAA